CGGUACUACCCAGCGUCCAUCGGUCAAGUAAGGAGUUGGCAUUGAAGAUAAAUUCUGGACAAGGCCGCUUACAGGGCGACAUUAAGUUAAGAGUGAAGUAUGUCUUCCCUCUAUGUAUCACCUUCAUCCAGAGAACACACCUUUGACCCUGUUGGGGUGAUUUUGAGCCAAGGUGGAUGUUUGACACAUGAUCAUGGGCCCAUGAUGGGACUUGAGCUCGGCAUGAUGGAGUUGUCAGAGGUUGAAUAUACAAACUUUCAGCACCUUAUCCAGGCACAUGUGGAGGCACACAUUACCCCUUUAGAUUUGCCUUAUGCCAAAUCUCAUCCAAGUGCUACAGUGAUGGUUAAAGACACCACUGGAUCCAUGGCACAAUCCCCCUUAGCAACCACUCAAGCUAUUGACCUUUCGACUUCAACUGAUGACCACAGUCUGAUGCCAGGAGAAAAGACACCAGCUUCUUAUGGAGAGGUCCCAGGUUUUGUGCUGGCCAGAGUCAGAGAAGAAGACAGCCAGAGUGAACCUUACUCCAACAGCAGCUCAUCUUCACAGAAAAAAUCUGUAUCUGCUGCUAGAGUUUGUUUGGAGAAGAGAUUUAACACCAUGUCUGCUGACACCCCAAGACAUCAAGAUAUCAAGUCGGCAGUUCUUAGCAAUUUUCUGACAAUGCUGCAGCAGUCUGCUGAGGCUCAAGAUGCAGUCAAACACCCUCAAAUGCGGUUUGAUGUUUCCAGCCCAUUUGUUGGGGGUGUAUUUACCCCAAUACCCAACAUGUGUGAACAAGUGAUUGGCCAUAUUCCUCACAUGAUUGAACCUAACAAGCACCAGGGUUUAAUCAUCCCAAAGAGUUUCUCGAUUAAUUUCUGCCCAGAGAGGGUUGGUACAAAAUCUCAGUUCACCGGUGGCUGCAACUCAACAGAGGACCAGCUGUUGUUCAACAUAGAAAAUGAUGUGGUGACACGUACUGCCUUCAGGAAGCAUGGUUGUACCCAAAGCUCUCCACCUACAAAGGUUGCUUCGACUAACCCAGACUUCGCCGGAAAAUCAGGGAGCAGCACCAGGAAAAGAGCUCGACCCCACAUGUCACAUAUCCAGCGCAGGGAGAAACACAACAUUAAGGAGAGGGAACGCAGGAAGAGGAUCCGUUUGUACUGUGAUGAGCUGAACAUGCUGGUGCCAUUCUGUGAGUUGGAUACAGACAAAGUCACCACCCUGCAGAUGACCACUGCCUUCCUUAAAUACAUCAAUAAAACAUAUGGAGACACCUUCAAAGAGGAGUUUCAGAGGGCUUUCACUGAGGGCAAAGAACACUUUCUGAAAUCCAGCCCUUCUUCAGGCAAGAACCCGAUCCAGCGGGAGAUGGACACGGUGCUGAGCAUCCCUCUUGGGGUAGAGCAAUGACCCUUUCCAUACUUGAUCUAAUACAUCAGCCAGACAUUUGAGAUGAAUUUAACAUUCAAGCUUUGGUUGUUCCAUCUGUUCUCACUAAGGGUUAGGUCAAUGUGUUUUAACGUUUUAAACAAAAAGCAUCCUUUGAGAGGAGCUCUGCCUCUAACUGCAUUACAAUGGUUUAUAUAUAUCAUUUAUUCCAGUCCCACAACGUGUGAUGCUUAAUCAGGGCUAUUUUUUUUCUGCAGCAUCUUAAGACUGCAUCAGGCUGCUGUAUUCAUGAUUGUCAUGUCAUACAUACUGUAGGUGGCACUGUUUCCCUUUGCAAACAGCAGAUAGUUCUGUAUGAACUCGAUUUCAACUCUUCAGCGAUGAAUUUAGCAAGCUUAAACUAUCUGAGCACCUUUUCAUAUUCUUUAUUCAAGUGUAUUUUGAUUGAAUUAAUUUAAAUUUCAAAAUGUUCAUAGAGUAUUUUCAGUUCAGUUUUCUUGUCGACAUACAUUUAUUCUUAAAUCAUAUAUUUAAGUGUAAAUACACUUAAAUUCAUCUGCACCUAAUUUAAAGUUCUGUAAAUGAAUGGGAUAACUUGAUAUUCAUUUCUGUUAUCAUAUUACUCUAACAUGCAGACUGUUCAUUUGAUGUAGAGAAGAGUAAUCCUUUACUGAAAAGUGGCUUUAUUUGUUCUUUCUUACAACAUGUCGCUGUAGCAUCUUACUGUACAUACAACAGUCACCCACAAAUAAUAAAUAGUAUUUAAGGUCAUGUAUAUUUAAUAGUUACAGCACCGGUAGUACAUAGUGGAUGUUGUCAUUGUAGAUUACCCCAAAAAAAAAGACUGCUCCUAAGGUUCUUACAUUUAUUUUACAAUGUCUGAUUUAUGCAUCCACAAGUAUUGUUGUUUUUGAUUCUCAAAGCUAAAGAAUCAUUUAAAAAUACAAACAAAGAAGCUGUAGAAAAAAAAA